AGUUGAUCCAUCUUGUUGCAGCCAUGGAAUUCUGCAGAUCUCGCAGUGUGAUCGGCUCCAUGUGGUCUGUUGACGACGAUGUUGCAUGCCAGGUCAUGUCUGCUUUUUACCACAAGUUAAUUGGUGAUUCAAAAAGAUUGGACUGCACAGGGGCUGCAGUAGCGCUGCACAAGGCUGUGAGAUUGUUGCACAAGAAGAUUCCGUUAGAACAGCAGAUUGUAUUUGUCCACAUAGGUGUGUAGUUAGAGACUCAAUUCACUAUAUUAUUUCAUUUGCUGUAUUUCUAGUUGUUUUCAUCCCCUCGCUAUCUUGUUGUUUACUUACUUCUGCAUGAUACCCUCUUGUUCCAUACUAUACUAGUGCCACACUCUGUGUCCCAGUGAAUACAUCUGAUUUACUCCU